UUCAGGUGAACUUUAAAACAAACAAAAAAAUUGCAGGAUGACUUGCAAAAUAUGUCUGAAGAUACUUAUGAUCGUCUGCAACAGUGCCAUCUUCUUAGGAGGAGCUGCAAUUCUGAUAAUUGGAGGUUUAAUCGAAGUUACUAAAAAGCAUAUAUUUGGAGUGCUGGAUAACAAUACAAUAAUCCCAGAAGAAUUAGCACUUCUGACUAAGGCCAGCUACCUGAUGAUUGCUGUCGGAGGUGUAAUCGCUUUCAUGGGCUUCCUGGGCUGCUGCGGAGCCUGCUGCGAGAACAAGUGCCUGCUUAAGAUUUUUUUCAACAUUAUCUUCAUUGUGUUUGUCGUGGAGGUGAUUGCAGCAGUGCUCCUUUUGCUUGACCGGCCUGGGGCUGAAAAUUUUUUGGAGAAAAUCAGUAAUAAAGUGGCUAAGAGCAUUAAGGAUACCUACGGUCAAAACGACAUCAUCACUAGAGCGUGGAACGAGACGAUGACCCUGAUGAAAUGCUGUGGCUACAACAACUACACUGACUUCCAAGGCACCACGUUUGAAACCCAGACCUCACUGUACCCCAAUUUCUGCUGCUCUGAUGAACAAUCUCUACCGUGUGAUUUGAAAAAAGCUGAAACAGCGGUAAAUCUCCUGAAUCUACUGCUGCAGUCUCAUCACAAACCUGUUCAUUUGCUACAACCUUUCUAUAACCUCAUAAACUUAAAUUGUUAAUGUGGCUGAGAACCAGACU